UUGAUUUAUUUAAACCAAUCAACGACUUUCCAAUAUUAAGCCCGAAUGCCAAAUAUUUUUGACAGUAAAGAGUUCAACUUCAGAGAAAAUUUUCUUCAUGAGUAUUUGAGAGCUGACCAUUUUUACCAUGCCGGAGAAGAAGGGUGCCAAGGAGACUGACAGUGUGCAGGUGUGCGUCAGAUGUCGGCCAUUGAAUGACAAAGAAAAGGAACAGAGUUGUGUUCAGUGUGUUAAGGUAGAUGAAGUGAGAGGUACCAUUACAGUGAAGGGCCCCAACACCGGAUCAGGAGAACCGCCCAAAACCUUCACAUUCGAUACAGUGUUUGACACAAAUUGUAAACAAGUUGAUAUAUACAACAAAUCAGCUCGGCCUAUUGUGGAUUGUGUGUUGGAGGGUUACAAUGGGACCAUAUUUGCAUAUGGCCAGACUGGUACAGGGAAGACUUUCACAAUGGAGGGUGUUAGAUCCGUGCCAGAGCUGAGGGGAAUCAUUCCAAACUCUUUUGCUCAUAUAUUUGGUCACAUAGCAAAAGCAGAAGGAGACGCCAGGUUUUUGGUUCGAGUCUCGUACCUGGAGAUUUACAAUGAAGAAGUUCGUGAUCUGCUGGGUAAAGACCAAUCUUCCAGAUUAGAGGUGAAAGAGAGACCUGAUAUUGGUGUUUACGUGAAGGAUUUGUCUGCGUUCAGCGUGAAUAAUGCGGAUGACAUGGAUCGCAUUAUGAGCAUUGGAAACAAAAACAGGCAUGUUGGUUCUACAAACAUGAAUCUCCACAGCUCUAGAUCCCACGCAAUCUUCACAGUCACUAUAGAGUGUAGCGAGAAAUAUCCUGACGGCAAACAACAUGUGCGGGUGGGCAAGCUGCACUUGGUGGACUUGGCGGGAUCAGAGAGACAGGCAAAGACAGGAGCCACAGGGCAGAGACUAAUGGAGGCCACUAAAAUCAACCUGUCCCUUUCCACUCUGGGUAACGUCAUCUCCGCCCUGGUCGAUGGAAAAAGUACUCACAUUCCAUACAGAAACUCCAAGCUUACCCGACUGCUACAGGACUCCCUGGGUGGAAACUCAAAGACAGCCAUGAUUGCCAACAUUGGACCAGCAGAUUACAAUUACGAUGAAUCCAUCAGUACCUUGCGCUAUGCAAACAGGGCCAAGAACAUCAAGAACAAAGCCAAGAUUAACGAGGACCCCAAGGAUGCUCUGUUAAGACAGUUCCAGAAGGAGAUCGAGGAGCUCAGAAAGCAGCUGCAGGAUGGUUCAGAUUAUGAGUCUGGAGACUCUGAGGAGGAGGAGAGUGAGGAAGAGGUGGGUGAGGAUGGAGUGGUCAGGAGGGUCAAGAGGAAGAAGAAGAAACGAGGGAAAGGACAGAAAGAGCGUAAACACAUUUCCAAAGAAAAAAUGGCGGAGAUCCAGAGUAAAAUUGAGGCGGAUCGGAAGAUUCUGGAAUCGAAAAAGGACAUGGCUGAGGAGGAAAGAAACAAAGUGAAGGAGAACCUCGAUGAGAAAGAGAUGGAGCUGAAGAAAUUCCAAGAAGAACAGGACCAGCUGUCCAAUAAACUGGUUGCACUGGAGAAGAAAAUCAUCGUGGGAGGAGAAAAUCUGUUGGAGAAAGCGGAGGAACAGGAGCGUCUUCUGGAGGAGUCGGCCAAAGAGUUAGAGACCAGGAAGGCCAAGGAAGAGGCGCUCCGAAAGGCCCUCCUGGAGAAAGAGCAAGAACAAGUUGACAUUGAGGAAAAGUACAGUUCGCUACAGGAAGAAAUCCAGGGCAAGACCAAAAAGCUGAAGAAAGUGUGGACUAUGCUGAUGCAGGCCAAGUCUGAGAUUGCUGAUCUACAACAAGAGCACCAGAGAGAAAUGGAGGGUUUGUUAGAGAAUGUCAGACAACUGAGUCGGGAGCUUAAACUGCAGAUGACAAUCAUCGACAACUUCAUCCCACCGGAGUACCAGGACAUGAUAGAGCAGAAUGUGACUUGGAAUGACGACAUCGGGGAAUGGCAGCUUCGAUGUGUAGCAUACUCUGGAAACAAUAUGAGGAAACAGUCACCACAACCAGACAAAGAAAAAGAAAAGUAUACUGCACCGGACCUGAGUAACAUCUACCUAGCUUACACAGCAGAGACAGCAGAAAAAGCCAUGGAGAAAGCCAUGCGACCAAAGUCGUCCAAAUCAGCCAGACCAAAGUCCAGUCGUCCGAAGUCCAGCCGGCCAAAAAGUUCGAAAAAGAAACAGAAGGAGCCCAACCUGGAAGACGUGAUACAGUGACUGUCAGCUGCCCUGUGGACCGUGAUCAUCAUUGAAUUAGCAAUAAUUAUUGGACUCUAAUUCACCACUUACAAAUCAUUUGCCAUUUACCACGUACUGUUUAAAAUCUGAGUUUUCUGAUGAGCAUUUUCAGUUUAAAGGAAAUACUUCAGGCUACAAAAUAUACAAUGCUACUUGUACAUGUAGUACUAUGUAAAUAUUGCACUGAAGAUUUUUUUAACAAGUUCUGAAAAAUGGCUGCACAAAUCUUGAAACAGCACAGAAAAAAACAUUAAAUCUAGUAUGUACUACAUUUUUAAAAAAAAAAAUUUAUUUCUGAGUGUAUACCUUGAAUGUGAUAUUAUUUUGUGUGACUAGUCACAAACAGAAUUCCAUCCAUUUUUUUUAAAUGUAAUUUUUAUUAUAUAUUUUUUAGUAUCUUAUUCUUUUUAAAUCAAAGUACUUAGACUUGUUGUGUGUAUCCUGCAAUUCUUUGCCUUAUUUCAAUUUAUUAGUUAAUUAUUUACAAUUGGUUGUGAAAAAUAUGAGGACAAAGCAUAAUAAUUAUAUUAAAAUGUUUAUUUGAACAGAUAAGAACUUGAAUGAUUUACAAGUAACCCCCCCCCCCCCCCUUUUAAAUCUGAAUUUACUUUCUUUAAUAAAUCAUUGAAUAUG